AUGGGAAAUGUAUUAUGUAAGAGUAAAGAAUCAAAAAAUGCCUUGAUUAAUUUUUUGUUGAAUAUUUUUAAGAAAUAUUUUAAAAAAGGAGAAAAAUUGAAUAAUGAAUUUGAAAAUGAUAGAAAUAAAAAUGCAAAAAUAAAAGAAAAAAAGAAAAAUUAUGUAAUCAGGGCAAUAUGUGAUAUGACUAAAUAUGAAAUAACGUUAUUAUCAAUGGCUUUAGUAUUUUUAGCUAUCAAUGCAUAUACUAACUUAAGUUAUCCAAAAAUUAUGGGAGAAUGCAUUGAAUCAGAUAAUAUGAAACAUAUGAAAUAUAAUUUUUUAAGUAGUAUGUUACAAAAAACAAUUUUUUUUAAAAAAUUUCAUUUAAAAACAAAUAACAACAUAAAUACAAUUUUUUAUUAUUUUCCUUAUUUUGUAUUUGGAGGAUUAGCAUCAUAUUUUAGAAUAUAUUUUACAAAUAAAUGUAUCAAAAAUGUAGAAUUUCGAUUAAAAAAAGAAGUUCACAAUAAGAUCAUCAGUGCAAAUGAUGAAGAAUUUAAAAAAUAUAAAUCUUCUGAUUAUUUAGUUAACUGUACUUUUAAUGAAAUAAAAUUUUCCUCAAAGGAAUUGGUAACAUCUAUUACUCAAAUGCUGAGAUAUGUUAAUUCUAUUGUUGGAGGCAUGAUUUCAAUGAUUUUAAUUUCUUCUUAUUUAACAAAAUUUUGUAUAUUUAUUGUUCCAACAUAUGGUUUUUUUGUGCUAAUGAUUUUAAAAAAAUUAAAAAACAUUAGAAUAAAAACUGAUAAUUUUGAUGAAAAGCAAAUGGCACGUUUUUCGGACAUUUUACAAAAAAAAAAUAUUAUUUCUAUAUUUGGUAAUGAGUACUAUGAAAAAAAGUACUUUUCUGAAAAACUAAAAGUUGUAGAUAAAUUGCAUAAAAAGUAUUUUAAUUGUGAAGCUAUGUUUUAUUCUUUUUUAAACAUUGGUAGUAAUAUUGUUAUAUGUUCAAUAUUAUGUUUUGGUAAAAUGGAAUUAAAAAAUAAUCAUAUUACACAUGGUCAGUUGGUUUCAUUUAUUGCAUAUAGUAGUAUGUUGGGAUUAGGUAUUGUUGGAUUGCUUAAAUUAAAAAAAGAUCUUAAUAUUCUUCAAUUAAGUUUGCAAAAAAUUUAUGAAAUUUUGGAUUUUUCUAAAUCCUAUACAACAGAUAAUACUAACGACACACUUUUAUUAAAUUGCGAAAGUAUAAAAAAUAAAAAUGAAAAUCAUAAUAAAAAAAAUUUCGAAAUAGCAAACAAUGAUGAUUAUAAUGUUUUAAAUAAUAAAAAUAUAUUACCUGAAAAUAUUAAAGGUGCUAUAAAAUAUGAAAAUGUUAAUUUUUCCUACAACAGUUUUGACAAAAAAAAAAAUAAAAUUUUAAAAAAUAUACAUUUUGAAAUUAAGGAAAAUGAAAAAGUUGCAAUAAUAGGAAAAAGUGGAUCGGGGAAAUCUACAUUAUGGAAACUUUUAACUAGAGAAUAUGAAUAUGAAGGAAAUAUUUAUGUUGACAAUUAUAAUAUAAAGGAUAUUCACAAGACUUAUUUUAAAAAAAAUAUUUUGUCAAUUAGUGAGCAAGAAUGUAGUAUUUUGAAUAGAUCUUUAUAUGAAAAUUUAAUUUAUGGAUUGUUACCUGUAAAAAUAUUAAACGAGAAGAAAAUUUUCAAAAUAAUUUUUGAUAACAUCGACUCUAAUCAAUUUUUAUACAAAAAAAUUCGAACUCGUGCUAUGGAAAAUAAAGAUGAAACUAAUAAUCUUUUAGAUAAUCUAACAUAUAAAAAUAAAAUUUCUUUAAUUCUUCAAAAUUAUGAUUUAAAUAAGUACGAACAUCUUGAGGAAAAAUUUCAUUCUUACUUAAAAUCAUCUAUAGAAGAAAAAAAUUUUUUCAGUGAAGAGGAAAAAAAAUUUAUAAAUGAAAAAAUACAAGACAUAGUUAAAAAUAUUCACUGUAAAAAUAACAAUAAUAAUAAUAGUUUUAAUUAUAAUAAAAUAAUCUCAAAUAAUUCAAAUGAUACAAAAUAUAAUAUAAAUAAUUAUACAUUUUUAAAGGAUUACAAAAAUAAAUUAGGUACAAUAAAUUCAUCAGUCAACGUAUUAUGUGAGGAAUUAGAUUUAAUUAAUUUUAUUAAUUCACUGCCUCAAAAAUUUCAUACAAAAGUUCAACACAAUUCUAUGUCAUCAGGACAAAAACAAAGAAUUUCAAUUAUCCGUUCACUAAUGAAAGAUACACCCAUAUAUGUUUUUGAUGAAAUUACAUCAUUUUUAGAUGAAUCAAAUAUAGAAAAAGUAUACAAGCUUAUUAAUACUUUAAUACCUAAUAAGACUAUAAUAUAUAUUACUCAUUCAAUACAAAUUUUAAAAGAAAUGGAUAAAAUUAUUAUUGUUGAUGAUGGAGAAAUAAAAUCAAUAGGAACGUAUCAUGAAAUAAAAAACAAUCCAUUAUUUUUAGACAUUUUUUCAUUGCAUAAUAAUAAAAUAUAA